AUGGAGGACGCUCACUCGAAAUCCGUGGAAGAAGUCUUAGGAUACUUCGGCACAGACCCAGAUAAAGGUCUUACACCAGAUCAAGUUAAAAGGAAUCAAGAAAAAUAUGGGCCAAAUGAACUGCCUGUGGAAGAAGGCAAAAGUAUAUGGCAGUUAGUUCUGGAACAAUUCGAUGACCUCUUAGUGAAGAUCUUGUUGUUAGCCGCUAUUAUUUCCUUUGUUUUAGCUUUAUUUGAAGAACACGAAGACGCUUUCUCAGCCUUCGUAGAACCAUUCGUUAUUUUAUUAAUUCUAAUUGCCAACGCUGUUGUAGGAGUAUGGCAGGAACGGAACGCAGAAUCUGCCAUCGAAGCUUUAAAAGAAUACGAACCCGAAAUGGGUAAAGUUGUUAGGGGCGAUAAAUCCGGCGUACAGAAAAUUCGAGCGAAAGAAAUCGUGCCUGGUGACAUCGUUGAAGUAUCCGUUGGUGACAAAAUCCCCGCCGAUAUCCGCCUUAUUAAAAUCUAUUCCACCACAAUUCGUAUUGAUCAGUCCAUCCUGACUGGUGAAUCAGUCUCCGUUAUCAAACAUACGGACGCCAUUCCCGACCCCCGCGCUGUCAAUCAGGACAAAAAGAACAUUCUUUUCUCUGGUACUAAUGUUGCUGCCGGAAAAGCCCGCGGUAUCGUCAUCGGCACUGGUCUCAACACUGCCAUUGGUAAAAUUCGUACAGAAAUGUCGGAGACUGAGGAGAUCAAGACACCGCUGCAACAAAAACUCGAUGAAUUCGGUGAGCAGUUGUCUAAGGUCAUCUCCGUCAUUUGCGUUGCCGUCUGGGCCAUUAACAUCGGACACUUCAAUGACCCCGCCCAUGGUGGAAGCUGGAUUAAGGGUGCCGUAUACUACUUCAAAAUCGCUGUUGCUUUGGCUGUCGCCGCCAUUCCUGAAGGUCUACCCGCUGUCAUUACCACUUGUCUUGCUUUGGGUACGAGGAGAAUGGCCAAGAAGAACGCUAUCGUUAGGUCGUUGCCUUCCGUAGAAACUCUUGGUUGUACAUCCGUCAUCUGCUCUGACAAAACUGGUACUUUAACUACCAACCAAAUGUCCGUUUCCCGUAUGUUCAUCUUCGAGAAAAUCGAGGGCGGUGACAGCAGCUUCUUGGAGUUCGAAAUCACUGGCUCAACUUACGAGCCCAUUGGCGACGUUUACCUGAAAGGACAAAAAGUCAAAGCUUCCGAGUUCGAUGCCCUUCACGAAUUAGCUACUAUUUGUGUCAUGUGCAAUGACUCAGCAAUCGAUUUCAACGAAUUCAAGCAAGCUUUCGAGAAAGUUGGUGAGGCCACCGAAACCGCUCUUAUCGUACUCGCAGAAAAAAUGAACCCAUUCAACGUGCCCAAGUCUGGACUCGACCGCCGUUCUGCUGCUAUUGUCGUCCGCCAGGAAAUUGAAACCAAAUGGAAGAAAGAGUUCACCCUCGAGUUCUCUCGUGAUAGGAAGUCCAUGUCGACCUACUGUACACCUCUCAAACCCUCCCGUCUUGGCAAUGGACCGAAACUGUUUGUUAAGGGUGCGCCCGAGGGCGUAUUGGACCGUUGCUCUCAUGCUCGUGUCGGAACCAACAAGGUGGCUUUGAACUCUACUCUGAAAAACCGAAUUCUGGAACUUACCCGCCAAUAUGGUACUGGUCGCGAUACCCUCCGUUGCCUGGCUCUCGCUACUGCUGACAACCCCCUGAAACCUGAUGACAUGGACCUCGGCGACUCCACCAAGUUCUUCACCUAUGAAGUUAACCUCACCUUUGUUGGAGUCGUGGGUAUGUUGGACCCCCCUCGCAAAGAAGUUUUUGACUCCAUCGUCCGUUGCCGCGCUGCUGGCAUCCGUGUUAUUGUCAUCACUGGUGACAACAAGUCCACCGCUGAGGCUAUCUGCAGACGUAUCGGUGUGUUUGGCGAAGAUGAGGACACGACUGGUAAAUCUUACUCUGGCCGCGAGUUCGAUGACCUGUCCGUGGCGGAUCAACGUAACGCUUGUGCUAAAGCCCGUUUGUUCUCCCGCGUGGAGCCCGCCCACAAGUCCAAGAUCGUUGAAUACUUGCAAAGCAUGAACGAGAUCUCUGCUAUGACCGGUGACGGUGUAAAUGACGCCCCUGCUCUUAAGAAGGCCGAAAUUGGUAUUGCGAUGGGAUCCGGUACCGCUGUCGCUAAGUCCGCCGCUGAGAUGGUACUUGCUGACGAUAACUUCUCAUCCAUCGUCGCUGCUGUUGAAGAAGGUCGUGCUAUCUACAACAACAUGAAGCAAUUCAUCCGUUAUCUGAUCUCCUCAAACAUUGGUGAAGUGGUCUCCAUCUUCCUUACUGCUGCCUUGGGUCUCCCUGAAGCCUUGAUCCCUGUGCAACUGCUCUGGGUCAACUUGGUCACUGAUGGUCUCCCCGCCACCGCUUUGGGUUUCAAUCCUCCCGAUCUUGACAUCAUGAACAAGCCCCCACGUAAAGCUGACGAAGGUCUCAUCUCUGGAUGGCUGUUCUUCAGGUACAUGGCAAUCGGUGGUUACGUCGGUAUGGCGACAGUUGGUGCUGCUUCAUGGUGGUUCAUGUACUCCCCAUAUGGACCCCAGAUGACCUACUGGCAGCUAACCCACCACUUGCAAUGCCUCGGUGGAGGUGAUGAUUUCAAGGGCAUUGACUGCAAGAUCUUCACUGACCCUCACCCCAUGACUAUGGCGUUAUCAGUACUUGUAACCAUUGAGAUGUUGAACGCCAUGAACAGCUUGUCUGAGAACCAGUCGCUCGUGACCAUGCCACCAUGGUCUAACAUGUGGCUUGUUGGCUCAAUGGCGCUUUCAUUUACACUCCACUUCGUCAUUCUAUAUGUUGAGGUCCUUUCGGCCGUGUUCCAAGUCACUCCACUGUCAGUAGACGAGUGGAUGACGGUGAUGAAGUUCUCCAUCCCAGUCGUCCUCCUUGACGAGGUGCUCAAAUUCGUCGCGCGCAAGAUCUCCGAUGCCCAGCCGACGUGGAAGCUGUAA